UGAUCUGAAGCUGGCAACACUCACAGAAACUGUCAUGCGGGGCGCGUCAUUACGUUCUUACCGCUUUAUUUAUUAAAAUAAAAUUUUCUACUUAAUAAUUAUAUCCAAUGCUUUAGAAUGGGUGCCAAAACGCCAGCGAAGCUGAAACUCAGACGGCCAAUGUACAAAUGUAACAUUUGCGACCGAAAGUUAUUGAGCGCGCAAGCUCUAAAAACCCACCAAUAUUGCAUACACAAUUUAUCGAAGCCUAAACCAGAAGCGAAUACUGUGCGAGCGAAAGAUAUGAAAACGGUUCAAAAUAAGACGACAGAGCCUAAAAUAACGAGUAAGCCGACAGUUGAAGUUGCAGAACAAAAAAAAAGUCCCGUAAUUUCACCGGCGAAAUUGAGCGAUGUUCGUCGAAUCGAAUUUCAGUGCCCUAAAUGCGAGAAGCUAUUUGAUGUGUACUUCUCGGCGUAUAGACAUAUACAGAAACACCAUUGUGUCAAUAGCAAAGGACGCAAAGUUCCAUCAAGCUCGCCGGAUUUGAUAAAGCCAAUACGAGUGGAAUUGUGCGUGAAGUGUAAUAAGAAAGUGCACGUCAAUGAUAUCCACGUAUGCAGCGACACCAUAGAGCAUGAGUCUGGCUUCAUUACAAACUAUGUGUGCACGGGUUGUUCACAAGGAUUCAGCACGAUACAAGUGUUUGAUUUGCACAUAUCAGGGCUACACAGCGAUGGCGUUGAUAGCAUGUUCUUUCCAACAAUGAAUGAGUUUUUGACGUGGAAAAAUGAUAUGGAGAGCCAAACAAAGAUCAAAUAUCUAGUAUUGGGGAAGUGUAACAUGAAGCAAACGUAUCGUUGCACUUUUCUGCCCAGCGGUGAGCCUGCAGACAGUCGGACAGCUCAUUUCUGCCCAUCCAGCCUCGUGGUACAGGAGUUUACAAAAGGUAUACAAGUUCAUUAUUAUAAACAACAUUAUGGACACAAUUGUGAAAAGUACACACUAACAGAUACAUACAAGAAAUAUCACAUAACACCAAUCAUAGCGCAAGCAUCCAGUUACGAAUGCACAGAGGUGGUGACAGAAGACGAGAAAGAUUUAUAUGUACAGUUCAAAACGUUAAUGGAAUCAAUAGUGUUAGAAGCUGCCAAAGUUAAAAUCGACACCCUGAAGAUUAUGGUGGGGAAGGCUUUAGAAAUGACAUCAGUUCUCACCAACUAUGAGGAAGAUGAAGAGAUGACGUCACUAAUUGAACCUCAGGUAACAACAAGCAAAAGCAUGACAGACGACCAAAUAACAAAAGCCUUACAAAGUUUGCAAAAUUCCAACAAACGGAAAUUAGAGAAGGAUGACGAUGAAGAUGUUGAUGUUAAUAGAAAACUAAAGAAACGCAACACAGAUAUAACGGUUUUGUCGCCGAAAAUUAUCAAUGCUUUCUCUAUGGCCAAAACUGUGGAGAACAGUAAAAAACAGACUGAAAAAGCUGCAACACCAGCAUCCACUAAACCUAUUAUAGACGAGGAAGCAGCUAGAAUUAAAUAUAAAUCACUUAUGCAAUCACCCUCUUACAAUGAUUCCUAUAAAGAUUUCCUAGAUAAAAACUUCAAAACAGGCAUCGAACAUAGUAAUACUAAAACUGAAACAAGGAAAGUAGCAAGUUUGAAUGCAGAAGCGAAAAAAGAUGCUAAUGUUAAUGUUGCCAACAAAAAGAAUGAUACUCCGUCUAAAACUGCAACGAAAACAGAUACAUCAUCCAAAAAUUAUCUACUUGUUGAUGGUUUAAAGGGUAUUUCCACUUCAAAUAUGACUACAGUUAAAAAACUUGCACUCACUAACUCAAUCGCUGGUGAGAAUAAAAAGGACGGUCCUAUUUCAAAGAUAGAUAACAAAAAAAAUAAUACUGAUCUACUAGUCGAAUCAUCAAAACAGACCACAAACAAAAAUAUUUCGAAAACUAUUCUGAACAAAAAGGAUAUUACUUCGUCAAAAACGAUUGAUGCUAAAAAAGAUAGUCCCAUUUCAAAAUUGGAAUCCAAAAAAGAUUCAACGUCAAAAUCUGCCGAGAUCAAGAGAACAUCAAAGAAAAAUAUUGUUAAAACUAAAAUCGGUCAAUUCAAACCCAGUUUAUCUCCGAAAAAAUCGACUGAAUCAAAUACGUCAAAUACAUCUAUUAACAAGUCAAUAGUUGACUUCGAAUAUGAAGUCAAGGAACAGGAGAAUGAUUGUAAUAUAUUAAUUUUAAAGAUAUAGUACUAAAUUAGUAUUAUUUCGUUUAGUAUAUAGUUAUAACGCACGUGUAAAAUGUAUCAUUCAAUUUUUCACUCUGUAUAUGCUUAGUUUCCUAGUUUCAUGUUUUUUUUUUAUUUACACCCAGAUCAUUGUAAUAUAGUUUUUGUUUGGCAUUAUGUUAAUAUUGAUGAAAUUAAAUAUUUUAAGAAGUG